CGGUUCGAGGUGGUUCUAGUACAGCUCGGAAGGCUAAUGGUAAGUUACAGACGACUCUGAAGGUGAAGGCUGAGGUGUACAGCUGACCCACGUCGCUUUAAAAAAAAAAAAAAAAGCUUUCCCCAAAACAGUGAAAGGCUGCGUCGUUAUCUUCACACGCAUCAGUCCUACAACCUCCGCAACAAUGGGAAGGAAAACUAAAUCCAGCUCCGACGUCGCCUCAGAGCCACAGAGAAAAUCUACACGGUUGUCAGGGUUACAGAAGUCACAGCCAGAACCUUUGCCAGAAAAGAAAAAGGCACCUCCUAAGAACAAAAAAGCAGCCAAAGCACCAGCAAAGGCAAAGCCCGAGGUGGAGAAGAAAGAAGAGCCCGAGGUUGAGAAGGAAGACGCACCUGCAGAGAACGGAGAGGGAAAAGCUGAGGAGAAGGCUGCAGCAGUAGACGAUGCCGAGGACAAGGCUGAUGAUGAGGAGGACGACGAGGAGGAGGAAGAAGAAGAUAAAGAUGCAGAGUAGCGGUGACACCCCAAGACUCGCUUGCCAGGGCUCCCUGUACCUCGUUUCUUGUACAAUGCAGAGAAUAUUUUUAUCUACUAUUUUCAUAAGACUUAUGUUUUUAGGCAUCUGAUUGCAGAAAUGCUUUUUUUUUUUUUUUUUUUUAAGACCACAAAUUCCAUUCAGUUUCACGGCUUCUCAGUCAUGAUGUUGGGUUAUUUUUCUCGUGUUUCUCUGAUUUUAUCUAGCCUUUUUUAGGUUGUAGUUUUUCUGCAUGACAUGAAGUUGUGCCUCUAUCAGGAAUUAAUUAAAUGUUCAACUUCGGGGGAGUUCGCCUGAAACAUCCCCCAGGUGUCUUGAGGGAUUUUUGUAGCCUGUACUGUUUGGAAUUUAAUACAUUGUAAUACUAUGUGUUUGAUAGGAAAUAGGCUGAUUGAAAGUUCGAGCUGUGAUCAAAGCAGAGUCUUGUUCACAAUUUUCACUUUAGUCACGUUCAUUAGUACUGGACAUGUUUUUGUUUUUAUAUGCUGUCAGUGAUGGUACAUUUGAGAACGAUUAGACUAAUCCAUACUGUCUGUGCUCAAAACAAAAUGCAUUGCAGAGCUUAUCACUCAUUUUAUCGUUUGCUUUUUUUUUAUUACUGUAUCUUCACCUCAGUCUACAAAAUGUAACGCGCAUAUUUGUCAAUAUACACAUCGCGGCUUUGGGAUUUCUUUUCCAAUGUACAGUUUCCUCAAUUUUUAAAAAAAGCAACAAAAAAAGAAAAAAUGUUUUUGUUAUGAAUAUAAAAUGCUAAUUAAAAGUGGGAAUUCCUCUGAAA